UUUUUUUUUUUUUGGAGGGAGGAGUACUCGAACUUUUGGUGAGAAUGAAAGCCAAAAGUUAGAAAUAAAUGCCUGAGGUCGCCAGCCUUGCUGCCAGUGAAGUGGACUAAUGAGAAACACACUUCCAAGCAUAGUGUUCACACGUGAAUUUAAUUACCCCAUUUUAGGAGUCGCUACUUUCUGUUUGGAAUUGUGAUGGGUUUUCCUUUUACCUUUUCUUCCAAAAAAAGCAAUAGAGGCUGCGGCCUUUUCAUUUGCUUUCACCCCCAAAGACUCCAAGGGGUGAGAAAUAAUCUCCCCAAUUUGAUCAGGUCAAAGGAUGAGAUUAAAGUCAAUGCCCUGUGCCCGAUGCCCCGUUUUAAUUUCUAGUCCUGGACUUGAGCUGCGGCCGCCUUGCUUUGGGCCUUGUAACUCUAUAAAGUUACUCGGUUCGGUCGGUAACCGAGGUUGGGCACCGGGUGAAGGCCAGAAGGGAGGGAAGAAAGGAUCCCUGAAGGGCAUUCAUACUGGGUACAGGACCUUUUAUUCCAGUGCGGGCUUCCCAGUCACUGGAGCCUGGAAUGUCUUAGGCGGGACUGCCUUUUAGCAAGCCGAACUCCCCUUCUAUUGAUGCUAUCUGGCGGUUUUUAACCAUCUUUCAGAUCUCAGCUUAGGGCCUUGGCGAAUAGAACAUAGGACCAGGUCGCUAGCCGCCUCCAGCCAGAUGAAGAGGUGCAAAAUGCAGCGGGGUCCUGGGUCAGGGGCCUAGCGCUGCACACAACCAGACUCUCAAAAGCUUCACCUUGUGGCAGUUGGCCGCUCCCUCACUGCCAGCUCCUGGAUGAAACAAGUACGAACUUGGGGGCUGUCCGGGUGCUAGGCUUUCUUUUACCGCAGGCUGGGGUGUGGGUGGCAGACCAGAUGGUUCCCCCCUAGAUAGUCAGUCCCUGCUGGACGCGCUCUGGCAGGGGCCAGUGACUACUCUACUUGGGACCCAUACUGCGUUGGAUUUGACUUUUCGCGUCCGGCCAGGGGAAGACUCCCGAGGACCGCAGGGAUUAUUUACAGGGAGCUCGCCAACCAAACACAACAGUCUAAUUUAACCUUUCCAAGUCCUCGUAAAUUUUUACAGCUGGGAGCCACGGCGAGGCAAACGAAAUCUGUUGGUCGUUCCCGAUUUCCCAACCAGUCUGUGUGGCUUCUGAAACAAUAACUCCUUAUGAAAUAUCAUAAAUAUAGAUUUAAAUACAGUAGAGCGAGAAUGCGAUUUGGCUGCUUUUUUAUGGCUUCAAUUAUUGUCUAAUUUUAUGUGAGGGGUUCCUCUGGCCGCAGUCGCAUGCGGGACCCGCGCCUUCCUGAUGGCGUGAUUAAUUGUGAUAUAAAAUAGUCCGCUUAAGAAGUGUGUGUGUUGGGAGGGGGCAGGGGAGAGAACAGAGGCAAGGCCAGAUUUGAUCUUUUAAUCUUCGUUGGCCACAAUUAAAACAAACCCGAUCGUGGAGCGGCGUGAUCCCUUUGCAUAAAAACAUAUGGCUUUUGCUAUAAAAAUUAUGACUGCAAAACACCGAGCCAUUAAUAGCGUGCGGAGUGAUUUACGCGUUAUUGUUCUGCCGGGUGGACACGUGACGCGCGCGGCCAAUGGGGGCGCGGGCGCCGGCAACUUAUUAGGUGACUGUACUUCCCCCCUGGUGCCACCAAGUUGUUACAUGAAAUCUGCAGUUUCAUAAUUUCCGCGGGUCGGGCCGGGCCGACCAGGCGCGGGACACGGCAAUGGCCACCACUGGGGCUCUGGGCAACUACUAUGUGGACUCGUUCCUGUUGGGCACUGACGCGGCCGACGAGCUGAGUGCUGGCCGCUACGCGCCAGGGGCCCUGGGCCAGCCCCCACGGCAGGCGGCGGCACUGGCCGAGCACCCAGACUUCAGCCCGUGCAGCUUCCAGUCCAAGGCGGCGGUUUUCGGCGCCUCGUGGAACCCGGUGCACGCGGCGGGCGCCAACGCCGUGCCUGCUGCAGUGUAUCACCACCACCAUCACCACCACCCCUACGUGCACACCCAGGCGCCCGUGGCAGCGGCGGCGCCGGACGGCAGGUACAUGCGCUCCUGGCUGGAGCCCACGCCCGGUGCGCUCUCCUUCGCGGGCUUGCCCUCCAGUCGGCCUUAUGGCAUUAAACCUGAACCGCUGUCGGCCAGAAGGGGUGACUGUCCCACGCUUGACACUCACACUUUGUCCCUGACUGACUAUACUUGUGGUUCUCCUCCAGUUGAUAGAGAAAAACAAUCCAGCGAAGGCGCCUUCUCGGAAAACAAUGCUGAGAAUGAGAGCGGCGGAGACAAGCCCCCCAUCGAUCCCAAUAACCCGGCUGCCAACUGGCUUCACGCACGCUCCACGCGGAAGAAGCGCUGUCCUUAUACCAAACACCAGACGCUGGAAUUGGAGAAAGAGUUUCUGUUCAACAUGUACCUCACCAGGGACCGCAGGUACGAGGUGGCCCGACUGCUGAACCUCACCGAGAGGCAGGUCAAGAUCUGGUUCCAGAACCGCAGAAUGAAAAUGAAGAAAAUCAACAAGGACAGAGCAAAAGACGAAUGAUGCCAUUUGGGUUGUUUAGAAAAGAGAUGAGCUAGAGAAAAAGAGAGAGGACUGCUUGUCCCCUUGUCCCUGUUCUCCCCCAACCCCAGCCUCCACCACCCUGCACAAAGCGGCUCUAAAACCCCAGGCCUCAUCUCCCCCCUGGCAAACCCUGCUCAGGCUGGCUCCUAGGCCUGCAGCUUUGAUGGAGGAGGUAUUGUAAGCUUUCCAUUUUCUAUAAGACAAAGGGGGGGGGUGUGCAUUAGCGCUGAUGGCUGUGUGUGCUAGCUUGUAUAUAUUUAAAAAAUCUACCUGUUCCUGACUUAAAACAAAAGGAAAAACUACCUUUUUAUAAUGCACAACUGUUGACGGUGGGCUGUAUAGUUUUUAGUCUGUGUAGUUAAUUUAAUUUGCUCUUUGUGCGGCAGAUCGCUCUGCCUAGAUACUUGAACACUGUGUUUUAUUGUGGUAAUUAUGUUUUGUGACUCAAACUUCUGUGCUGGGUGAUGCACCCGUUGUGAUUGUGGAAGCUAGAAUUCAAUUUGAACUCAGGUUGUUUAUGAGGGGAAAAAACAAUUGCAUAGAGUAUAGCUCUGUAGUGGAAUACGUCUUCUGUAUAACUAGGCUGUUAACCUAUGAUUGUAAACUAGCUGUAAGGAUUUCCCAGUGAAAUAAAAAUUUUAAAAUGGGGGGAGGUUCUUCAGGAUGCAUAGAUUGAUGGUUUCUCUACUUAAGAAAUGCAGGCAUUUUAGUCUCUACAUAUGCUUUAAAGUCUUAUCUUGUUCAUGUACAUAUAAUCUAUAUAUUAAAGAAAAAGUUCAUAAUCAGACAAGCUUGAAUAUUGUUUUUGCACCAGAGGAACAGUGAGGAAAUUCGGAGCUAUACAUAUGUGCAGAAGGUUACUACCUAUGGUUUAUGCUUAAUUUUAAUUGGGGGAAAAAUGCUUAUUGUAAUGGAAUUAAUUUUAUUGAUAAUAAAUUAUACACCACAAAACCGCCAUUGGGCUACUGAACAUUUGUAUCCUUGAAUAAUCUGGGUUUUCCAUCGGGCUGAACAUACACUGUAUAUUUUGCAAUAGUUACCUCAAGGCCUACUGACCAAAUUAUUGUGUUGAGAUAUUUAACUUUUUGCCAAAUAAAAUAUAUUGAUUCUUUUCUA